AGUCUCGCAGGUGCUGCAGCCAUGAAGGAGAGACGGGCCCCGCAGCCGGUCGUCGCCAGGUGUAAGCUGGUCCUGGUGGGGGAUGUGCAGUGCGGGAAGACGGCGAUGUUACAGGUGUUGGCCAAGGACUGCUACCCGGAGACCUAUGUGCCCACGGUGUUUGAGAACUACACAGCCUGCUUGGAGACGGAGGAUCAAAGAGUGGAGCUUAGCCUCUGGGACACCUCAGGAUCUCCCUACUAUGACAAUGUGCGUCCACUCUGCUACAGCGACUCGGAUGCGGUAUUACUGUGCUUUGAUAUCAGCCGUCCGGAGACAGUGGACAGUGCACUCAAGAAGUGGAGGACGGAAAUCCUGGAUUAUUGUCCCAGUACCCGUGUUUUGCUUAUUGGAUGCAAGACAGAUCUACGAACAGACCUGAGUACUCUGAUGGAGCUAUCCCACCAGAAACAGGCACCGAUCUCCUAUGAACAGGGCUGUGCGAUAGCCAAGCAGCUGGGUGCGGAAAUUUACCUGGAAGGCUCAGCUUUUACCUCAGAAAAGAGCGUCCACAGCAUCUUCCGGACGGCGUCCAUGGUGUGUCUGAAUAAGCCCAGCCCGGUGCCCCAAAGGAGCCCAGUGCGAAGCCUCUCCAAGCGGCUGCUCCACCUCCCUAGUCGAUCUGAACUCAUCUCUUCCACCUUCAAGAAGGAGAAAGCCAAAAGCUGUUCCAUCAUGUGAAGUGGGGGCCGGAGGGGAAGGCCACCUCCCACCUCCUCCCGCGGGGAGUGGAGGCACGGGGAGGGGGAGGAGGAGACCGUUUAAGACACUGGACUUGAGUUUUUCAGAUGGCCACAGUGAGGGCUUGGAAGGAGACAGGAGUGGGACAAGGAAGGCGCCAGGCCCGGCUCGAAGAGCUAACGCCGAGAAGGAACCAUCACACCCCACGCCAGGCGCUAGGUGGUGGAGGGGUCAGCUGCCCCUGUGCCCCCUACUCUGGAGGAAGGGAAGGUGUGGGGGGACGGAGGCCUGCAGGAACCUCACCUUCAGCGUCACGCCUCUUCCACACAGCGUUUGCACACGGGCCCCGGGACUUGAAGGACCCGGACCCCUUUCUUCCCCAGCGGGAUGGCGAGUGGGGAAGCCCACAGGCAUCUCCCCUGGGCGCGGAGCCCGGCGAUUCACCGUGGAAAGCAGCCGGGCAGGAGCUGGCCAGAGCUUGUGGCAAGGAAAGUCCAUCUCUGCACAACCCAUGCCUCAUGGAGCGGUGAUGUCACGCAUCUCCAUGCUUCUCGCCUGAGUCCCAGGUCCACGCGAGAUGGCCAGAACCCCGUCUCUCGUGUGUGGGGGGUAGUGGUGCCUCGGGGGGUAGGGCUGAGCAGGGGUCACCAGGCUUUUCUGCCCCUUAGGCAGUACGAAUGGCGUUUGUUUUAUAGACUCUUGUCUUUGGAAUGGGGGAGUAUUUCAAUCUGUUAUAUGUUCUGUGUUUAAAGAAGAAAAACUAUUUAUUAAUGAAAAAUAUAAUGCAUAUAAAG